UGGGUAGGAUCCAAGAUGGUUGCCUGCUUUCCGAGACUAGUGUAAAGGUGGCAGGUACUGUUCGCGUUGUCAUCUCCUUGAAGGCCACAUUCUAGGGCUCAUUUGAUGUAUGGUUGAGAGAACAGACUAGAACAAUGGCAGGGGCCCUCUCUUGCAGGGCUAGUAGGUGUCUGUGGAGCUGGGUGACUUUGGCUUGCAGAAACUUUUCGCUGGGUGUUCCAGGAUUGUCCCGUAUAAGGCUCACCCUGCCACCUCCCAAAGUGGUUGAUCGUUGGAACGAGAAGAGGGCCAUGUUUGGAGUAUAUGACAACAUCGGGAUCCUGGGAGACUUUGAAAAGCACCCCAAAGACCUGAUCAUUGGACCCAUAUGGCUUCGAGGCUGGAAGGGAAAUGAAUUGCAGCGAUGUAUCCGAAAGAAGAGAAUGGUUGGAAAUAGAAUGUUCAUUGAUGACCUGCACAACCUUAACAAGCGUAUCCGCUAUCUCUACAAACACUUUAAUCGUCAUGGGAAGUACCGGUAGAAGAUAAAUCUGGAAUCUGUGCAGGAGGCACAUCUGUCUUCCUGGAGAGCGGGGAUAAGACUUGCCCUGUUAAGAGAGGGUUUUGUAUGCUCACUAAUAAAAUGGAGCUUUGGGAUCUAAUAUCCACACACUUUA